GUUCCCUCGUCGGUCCUCCUCCCUCCACGUUGUAAACAAGACAGCUGCACUUUUUUUUUUGGCGUGCGUGCAAACGUCCUCGUUGAAGAGACAUUCACUUCCACUGGUGGACUUGUUCACUCGUGGGUCACUCUGAUUGCGCAAUCUGCAGCUGGUGCAGCCCACCGACAUGGAGGACAUCCAGGUUGCUGAAUCCAAACAUCUGCUGGUGGACAAGGAACUGCCGGGCCUGAGAGAAGCGGUGCUGCAGCUGGUUGUUAAGGAGCACGAUGUGGAGACCCCCUAUGGAAGACUCCACUGCACGAUGAAGGGGGUGCCCAAGGGGGAGCGGCCCGUCAUCCUCACCUUCCAUGACAUCGGACUGAACUACAAAACGUGCUGGGACUCACUCUUCGCCCACGAGGACAUGACCGAGAUCCUGCAUCACUUUGCCGUGUGUCACGUGGACGCCCUCGGGCAGCACGAGGGCGCUAACACCUUUUCCACUGGAUACGAGUACCCGUCCAUGGAUGAGCUCUCCGAGACGCUCCCGCUGGUCCUCAAGCAUUUUGGGCUGAAGAGCGUUAUUGGAUUAGGAAUGGGAGCCGGAGCCUACAUGCUGACCAGAUUCGCUCUUGAUUACCCGCAGAUGGUGGAGGGUCUGUUGCUCAUCAACAUCAACCCGUGUGCCGAGGGCUGGAUGGACUGGGCUGCACACAAGAUCAGCGGCUGGACCCACGCCCUGCCCGACCUGGUCAUCAGCCACCUCUUCGGCAAGGAGGAGAUCCACCACAACCAGGACAUGGUCGCCACGUACCGCCACCACGUCAUGAAGGACAUGAACCAGUUCAACCUGCAGCUCUUCAUCAAGUCCUACGAGAGUCGGAGGGACUUGGAAAUCGAGCGGCCCAUUCCAGGCAGCAACGUCAGAACCCUCAAGUGCCCCAGCCUGCUGGUAGUGGGCGACAACUCUCCCGCUGUGGAUGCCGUGGUGGAGUGCAACACCAAACUGGACCCCACAAAAACCACGCUGCUCAAGAUGGCCGACUGUGGUGGCAUGCCCCAGAUUGACCAGCCUGCCAAGCUGACUGAGGCGUUCAAGUACUUCAUUCAGGGCAUGGGAUACAUGCCCGCCGCCAGCAUGACCCGCCUGGUGCGCUCCCGCACGGCCUCGGGCUCCAGCGUGACGUCCUACGACGGACCCCGCUCGCGCUCCCACACCACCGAGGGGAACCGCUCGCGCUCGCACACGGCCGACCACCACCGGGGGCGCUCCCACACGGCCGGCUCCACGGACGGCACGGUGGCCGCCGCCGCCGUCCCCAAGGCCCCCGAGGUCUGCUAAGGUGGACGCUCGCCCGGCAAAUUUAACCUUUUUUUUCUGUUCUUUUUAAAAAAAAAAAAAAAAAAAAAACUUUGAUUAGGAGGGUUAAAAGUACUCCAGUACAUUGGGGGCGUGUGAUGGUGUAGUUAGUGGCAAUGCAGCAUCGCUAGGGGGCGACAGAGCACGCCCCCUUCCUUCUUUCCUCCCUGCUUUCAAUCCUUUUUUACUCAAACUGACAACUUUCUCACAUUUAUUCCAUUUUUAAGUGUUUUCUGUCGCUGUCGAACAUUACAAGUAAGGGACAUUUUUAUUUGUGUGUGCAGCCAAUCAUGUUUCAUCUCAUCCUUUGUAGACAGCUGAUGAUUUUUAUUUUCUUUUUUAAACGUUUCAGUAACUUUUUCAACCCUAUGCAACCAAUUCAAAUAAAAAGCGCUCUCUAAA